GGCUUGCUCUGGACCUGUACAAACUUGUCGCAACGUGCGUCUCGAGGAUUCACAAUGUCAAUGAUUACAGCGACCGCGUGGGUGCCCCGUGGAUUUGCUGCGCCAUUCCCUACCAAGUAUGCAUUCGACGAGGACGAAUUUCAGCGCAUCGCAGAACUCGCAAAGCUUCAACUCGACGACGCGAAUGAGGAUUUAGAGGCGGCUAAGAACCAGGCUGGACCGCGCGAUGGAAAGCACAACGACGACGGGGAUUCCGGUUCUGAUGCAGAAGAAGUACCCAAAACAUUGAAGUCGAACGAGUACGUUACUCAGCGACUUCCCGCCAUGUUGUUACUAACACAGAUUCACAGGGACGAUGACGAUGACCUCAAAGAGUAUGACCUCGAGCACUACGAUGAAGAUGUUGAGAUGGACCAGGAAAAGCAGGGCGAUGGUAUGGGCAUGUUCGGAAAUGUCAAGUCGCUCGCAUACCACGAUUCCAAUGAAGAUGACCCAUACAUCACCAUGGCGGCGAAUGAGGAAGAUGACGAGGACCGAGAAGAGCUUCAGAUACUCGCAACCGACAACAUGUUAUUGGCAGCAAAGAUUGAGGAUGAAGUUGCACAUCUGGAGGUGUAUGUUUACGAGGACGAAGCCGACAAUCUUUAUGUUCAUCACGAUCUCAUGCUUCCAGCGAUUCCUCUGUGUAUAGAAUGGCUGGAUAUUCCGGUAGGGAAAACAAGCGUGGAAAAAGACUCGAGAGCAAACUUUGUGGCUGUGGGGACAUUCGAUCCGGAUAUUGAAAUAUGGGAUUUGGAUACUGUCGAUUGCAUGUAUCCAAAUGCAAUUCUCGGACAAGGAGGGGAAGGUGCAGAAGAUAAAAAGAAGAAGAAACGUAAGAAGUCUAAGAAGGCCAAUGAUGACCACCAUGUGGAUGCAGUUCUUUCGCUUGCCGCCAAUCGACAACACCGAAAUCUUCUUGCCUCCUCUUCAGCAGAUAAAACUGUCAAAUUGUGGGACCUGAACACUGCCAAAUGUGCCAAAUCAUACACUCAUCAUACCGAUAAAGUGUGCGCGCUUGCAUGGCAUCCAAAGGAGUCAACCAUCUUACUUAGUGGAAGUUAUGACAGAACAGUCGUUGCAGCGGAUAUGAGGGCACCCGACGCAAAAGCUCCAAGAUGGGGCGUCGAGAGUGAUGUUGAAAGUGUUCGAUGGGAUCCACAUGAUCCAAAUUAUUUCUAUAUCUCAACUGAGAACGGUAUUAUCCACUUCCAUGACAUUCGAAAUAUUCCAUCGAGCCCUGCAGCAAGCAAACCCGUUUGGUUUCUCCAGGCACAUGACGAAUCCGUGUCGGCUUUCGACAUAAAUCCAGUCAUUCCAGGUUUCAUGGUCACCGGUUCUACAGACAGACAGGUCAAGCUGUGGAACAUUCAGCCUUCUGGGCCCACGAUGGUUGUCAAACGAAAUUUGGAAGUCGGAAAGAUCUUCUCAACGGUAUUCGCCCCAGACGAAGAGGUCGGUUUCAGAUUAUCGGUUGCGGGCAGCAAAGGGGUUGUACAAGUUUGGGUAAAUACUUCCACCAAAGGUUCGUCAUGAAAACUAACAAAUUUUAUAGGAUACAUCCACCAAUCCAGCAGUCAGAAGGGCGUUCGCAGAUAGAGUGACUCCGGUGGAAGGGGAGAUCAAGGAAAGAUUAGUUGGGGUUAGAGACGACAGCGACGAAUCGGAAGAUGAUAAUGAACCCGAAGGAGAGACAGAGCAAAAUGGAGAAGGGGGAUGGGAAUCUAUGGAAGAAGAUUGAAACGACCGAGAUGAUGGGGAAAAAAACUAGAAAUUCAUGCCGAAUUGGCCAGUGAAGAUCAUCAUCUUUCAGGUUCCUGCAGCUCAUCAUUAUAUCCAGGGAUCGGCAAACCUGGGUUUGAAACCAAGCCAGAAGUACAGACUUGAGGAUAUGGGGCAAUAUAUUCCGCAAUGGGAAUACUUGCAAGACGAACAAAUGUGUGGUUGUGUUCGAUUUUAUGGAUAGCGGGGUCUUGUUAUGGCAUAGGUACUGACAAUUUCGAACGUUUAUGUGCAUGAAUGAUAGUCGGCUACGAUAAUACCCCACUCAACCAAAUCUAUUUUCAACCAUCAAUCGCGGAUCUUGAACCGAAUUUUACUGCUUGCCAGUUAAUAGUGGACUGAAUCUGAACGGAAUAUGGACAGAUGACGCAACUCAUGUUACCCAACCACCUGCGGCUCCCAGGCCUCUUGAUGGCGCCCACGUUGAUGCCA